AUGAAGAUGAGGGCGGCCUCCGGCGGCCUCCGGCAGCCUCCGGGCCCGAGGUCCGGAGGUCUGAGACCGGAGGACCCACCUGCCGGGGGUCUGAGACCCGGUCCGGAUCGGAUUCCUAGCAGCCGGUCUGGAAGCUGUUCCAGGCAUCGUACGAUGAUCCCAAAAUGUGACAAGGGAAAAGCACAGCAACGAAGACAACAUAAUUUUCUAUCUUUCCACGACGAUUACCUGGGCCGAGAAACUAGAUACCAGUCCGCAGUGGACACUGCUGAUCAUAGCAUGACUACCGACAGCGGUAGCUCGAGCGUCUCUCUUGUUAACACUGAGCCCAUGACAUUCUCAACCAUACCCCUGACAACUGAGUGUAGCUAUGGCGUUUCUUCCACCACUGGUUCACGACGUAGACGAAAAGCUAGCGGGUUGAAGAAAAUAGGCGCCAAGCUUGGUUGGAAGCGAAUGCAAUUCGACCGAAGCUCACACACUUCCGCGUCCGUUGCUAACAAAUACGGCAGAUAUCAUAUAUUACAAGGGUUACCGGUCGUCCCACCGCAACGUUCCUUCUGCCACCACUGCCAAGCUGAUGCCUUACGAGACGAGGAGUGCUACAUCGGCAAAACAUCACUCGAUGAACCGCACCCAGGCCGUCGGCUUUGGCUUCCCACAGAUACGGGGAAGGCGCCUGCACCAAUUGUGAUGGAAAGCGGCCUAGGGGACCGACAAUGCAAAGGAAGGGAUGGUGUGGCCGAUUCGGCGGUUCAAAAGUAUAUUCAGAGGGGCUUUCAGUUUAAGCAUGCCACCGAGAAUGAGUGGACCCACCGUUCUGCCCUUGACCAAGAUGGCUGCUUUAUCAAGUUGAGCAACGGCUGUCAUUACUCACCUCCUACAGGGCAGGUCAAAGAAAUUGAGAGGUGUUAUAGGGGAGAGGAGAUACGUCUUUUGCCAAGGUCUACCAUGAGAGAGGCGCGGCAGGAGCUUCUACUUUUGCAGCUAUCGCCACUCCAGACCCGCAUCGUCCCCUGGAAUGAGCCCAUAGAUCCUGAGGAGCUCAAGGCUCGUCUUGGAACUACGUCUGCUGAGUAUAAAUUAAACGAGCGUCAUGCUGGGAUGGUAUACACCCCUUAA